AUGGAUCCUAGUGGCACCACCACCACCUUCUUAGGGGUGGCUGAUCAAGGCGACUCUCAUGAACACAUGGGGUCCUUCAUGCUGUGGCGCUACGACGUCGAAGAGGACACUUUCUCUCUACUCCAGGUUAUAAACAUGGACGAUGUGAAGUGGGUAGAAAUGACGUCCCACUCGAGUGAUCUGUUCCUCGUCGUGGUCUCGGGGGCCUUCAGAGGGGACCAACAGGGGCAGGUGCACAUAUACAGAAUGGACUGGUUUGACGGGGAUGGAACCCAGGCUCUUGGACAUUAUGGAACCGUCGUUCAGAGUGGCGAGUUUGACCGCCUUACAGCUUUGAGAGCCAAACCGCAGUUUUACUUCGUUCAAGAGGUAGCGGUAGAAGAACCCGUCGAGGCCCGGUUCUACACCCUUCCUUCUGGAGAACUUAAUCUUUACGUUAUCAAGCAGGACGGCAUAGUGGUUCGCUUCUCGCAGAAGGGUAUUCACAGGUUCUGGAAAGAGGGGGAGCUGCACGCCCCUGGGAAAGUCACCCUGGAUGUGUGGUCAUCUUGGGUCAACGGCAGGAUCGUCCAGCGACUAAACGCGGGAGGAAGUUCCUGUCAGGACCUCGAGAAAAAGAACUUCCCAGAGGAACCUGCCGUAGUGCUGGAGGCCCUUAUCCGCGGGGGGGUCGAUUCCCAGGGCCAGCCAUCGUGUCCAGCCAACCACUAG